AUGUCGAACAACGGACAUCCGAGUAUCAAGGGGAUCCUUAAGCAUCGACCCCAGCUUGGGACCGAGUUCGAAGUGGAUCACAAUCCGUCGUCCGAGCCAGUCGCCGCCGGGGCCGGGGCCCCUGGCGCUCGAGCCUCGGCUUCGCGAGUGCCGUUGCAGCACCGCCGAUGGGGCUUCCUCCCCUCUGCAGCGGUGCUCUUGCCGCUCCUGGUCUCGUUGGCCUACCUGUCGACCCGUGUGCACUACACCUUGCCGACACCGAACCCUUCGUUGUUCGCUGCGGAUGGCAAGACACCUUUGUUCAGCGAGACGAGAGGGAUGGACAUCAUCCGAGCCUUGGCGACUCACCCCGAUGGAGAACCGAGGUACAGGAUCGUUGGAACGGAGGAGAUGGUCGAGACCGAGCGGUGGGUCCUGGAUGAGGUGCAUCGUAUCAGGGACGAUGUCGUCGCGAGGAUGCAAGGUCACCCCGUUCAGAUUGAAACGUGGCAUCAGUUGAGUUGUAUCCGGCCAUGUACAUGCUAAGGCAUGCAUGCCUUCCUUCGCGCUGAGACUGCGCGCUGAGAUUUCGGUGCUUGAUAUCAUAUUUCGCCACUAGAAUUGGAUCAGGGGAACAUUUGUUCGGUAAGUCCGCGCUGUUCAGUCACGUGCUCCCAGUAUGGCUCGGCUAUUUUCGACUCCCCGGUCUCAAUUUGCCCCUAGGCUCGGAACUGAUCUUUGAUCCCAAUUGUCGUGCCUGUGCAGACUUCAUGGACAAAAAGGUGUGGAAAAAAUACUUCGACAUCGGCAACGUCAUCGUCCGGCUCUCCGAUGGGACCGCCGCCUCCAAGAAGAAUGCCGUACUCGUCAACGCUCACACUGAUUCGACGCUGCCGAGUCCGGGGGCUGCCGAUGACCUGAUUGGUGUCGCAGCCAUGUUGGAAGCGUUGAGGGUCAUGGCCUUGACCCCGAGAAGGUUGAGCAACAGCGUUAUCUUUCGUCAGUGCUCGAUCUUUGGCUCUUGCGCAAGAGGAGCAGAAAGGCUGAUGAGAUGGUGGUGUGUGCGCGCAGUCUUCAACGGCGGAGAAGAAUCGCUUCAAGACGCUUCGCACUUGUUCAUCACGCAGCACCCGCUCAAGGACUCGGUCCGAGCCGUCAUCAACCUCGAAGCGUGCGGUGUUGGAGGACCCGAGAUCGUCUUCCAAGCGACUUCGGAGGAAAUGAUCAAGGCCCUGUCCAAGACGCCGAGACCUUACGGUACCACCCUAGCCAGCGAGAUCUUUCAGACGGGCUUGAUUCUUUCCGACACCGAUUUCCGACAGUUUGUCGAGUACGGCAAUCUUACUGGAUUGGGUGAGUUGGGCCGUUCGAUUUGAUUAACCACGAAGAGAGACCGUAGAGACUGACAGAGCCUCGGAUGGCAGACAUGGCACUCGUCCAAAACUCCUACCUCUACCACACUCGACUCGAUGUCCCCGAGCUGAUCGAACCUGGGGCUUUGCAACACAUGGGAGAGAACACGCUCGCCUUGCUCGAAUACUUGACCUCGAACGAGACGGCCUUGGGCAAUUCACUGACGGCGAAGAAGCUGCCGAAGAUGAAGAGCGCGGCCGACACGAUCUUCUUCUCUAGCAUGGGCGGCAAAAUCUUCAUCAUGUAUUCGAGGGCGCAAGGUGCGUUGCUCGAGAGACGGAGUAUCUUGUGUUCGAGCAUCACUGACUCAUAUAUACUCUGCCCGUAUUUAGCUACCGCAAUCUACGCAAGUCUGGCAACCCUCGCCUUCAUCGUCGUCUCGGAUCGACUCGUCAGACAGCGCAAGCGUCUCUACCUCUUGACGACCGCCGGUGUCGGACUUUCCCUUCUGGCGGCCAUCCUCGGCUCUAACUUGGCCGCUGCGGCUACCUCGAUCGUGAUGGGCAAGACCAUGACCUGGUUAGUCAAAGCCUCGGGCAACCUUCGGUCUCGUAGCCGUUGCCCUAACGAAGCGCCAUCUAUCCGUAGGUUCAGCAACGAGAGCUUUGCUGUCUAUCUCUUUGGUCCUCCCGCCGCUCUCGCCGUCUGCCUCUUGCAACGAUCGAUCGCCAAGCGUGUGCGCACCCACGGCGCCUCUCCAGCUCUCGAGGCGCACGAAUCCUCGCUGCUCGAGCAUGCGACACUCAUGGGUCAACUUAUCUACAGUACCGUCAUCUUGUGCCUUGGACAUGCGCUAGGUGUCGGAUCUUCUUACCUCUACGCCGUUGCCAUGGUCUCGAAUUUGACUGCCCUUGUCGUCAAUGACUAUGUGCUCACCUCGGGCCCCGAACGAGAGGUCCAUCUUGCAACCUACUUUUUCCAGCAAGUUCUUGGACUCGUCCUCGGAGUUGAGGGCCUGGUGAGUUUUCUGGACAUUUUUGUGCCGUUGACGGGUCGCCUUGGGGCCGACGCUCCUGUCGAUUUCAUCAUCGCUUCGCUUACGGCCGCUGUUGGCUUCCUGGCGCUUCCUGUGGCAAGUCCGUGAGCUCAGAUCAAUCAAUUUGAUCUUUAAACUGAUGCGCUUAAAAUCAACUUCGUUCAGCUGCCUCCUAUCCUGCACCGUUUCGGACCUCGAAGCGCCUCCAACGCGGCCGUCGUCCUCACCUUCAUCACUGCUGCGUCGCUGGGUUGGUUCACGCGACCUGCGAGUUCCCCCUACGACCGCUUACACCCGAAACGUCUGCUCGUUCUACACAUGGAGAACACGACUACCACACCACCUCGGUUCGACUUGCAUGUCGCGUCCGUCGACGGCGCACCCUUCCAGGAUCUUCUCGUCGAAGCCACCAAGGGGCUCACGGCCAGCAACAAGGUGCCCGAGGCGUUGCGCGCUCAUGACCACUCAACUGAUUGGGGUUCGUUUACGGAGGAAGUUAUUUCGCAGAGUGAGCAUAUGCUGAUUUGUUUGAGAGCCGACCACAGACAUCAUCUUCCCCGUGAGCCAGUUCCUCACGACUUACAAGGUACCACUGCCGCCAACCGAGGCAAGCUACGUCUCCCCUUUCGCCGAAACAUUCACGGUCAAAGCUAUCCGAUCGAGCCUCAACUCCAUUUCUCGCACUCGUUCGCUCGAGAUUGAGAUGCUGCACCCUGGCCUGAUCUGGCCCGUCAUUGCCUUUGAUGCCGAUGUCGUUUCCUGGGGUAAGCUCCCAUUUUCAAACAACUUGCCGCGUGCGUGCAAACGCUGAAGCCGCCGAAUACAUGACCUGCAGAUCUUCCUGAACCACCUGCACGAGGCGUGAUUCGGCACCACGUCAAGUCCGUUGCCGGCUACGGAGUGACGCGCUUCGUGCUCUCGCUCGUCGUCUACCUCGACGAAGAAACUUUCGGUGCCGUCAUGCGCGAACAACAACGUGCCAAGGGCCAACGCGGCGAUGCUUCACGCUCGGACGCCGUCAAGGCGAGGUUACGCAUUGAUUACAGCGCCCUCGACUCGAAGGGGAUGUACCCUUCUUCAAUCAGGCAUGCAGGCUUGAAGGAGAAGCCUGGUAUGAGGUUCUUUGAGACGUUCGAGCAGCAAUUGCCCGAGUACGUGGAUGCCAUGCUCUUGAGCGCCGUUGCUGGUGUAGCGUACGUCUGA